AUGGCAAAAGCGAGCAAAAGUGGACUCGAUGUCCGAGUGAAUGGCAGCUCGACGUACGAGCGCCGCGCCUGGACACGAAAAGAAGACGACGCGAUCAUUCGGUUGGUGGAAGAGUACGGUAUCAAACGCUGGAGUGUCAUCUCGGACCACCUGAAUGGCGAGAACCACGGCACGGAACGUACCGGCAAACAGUGUCGCACUCGGUGGCUGAACCACCUGGACCCGACGAUCAAGAAGGAUCCCUGGACCACCGAAGAGGAGAAGAUUAUUGAGGACGCACAGACGCGACUUGGUAACAAAUGGGCGGAAAUCUCCAAACUUCUGCCUGGCAGGACGGACAAUGCUAUCAAGAACCACUGGUACUCGUCCAUGCGACGGACAAUGCGUCGCAUGGCGAAGCAGCAAAACAAAUCCCUUGGUCAAAGCACACGAGGGGAGGAAAGUAACAAGACUGCCAAGUUUAGCGUCGAUUCGAUGCCUGGCAAUGCUGGGUCGUCCAUGAUCAGCUUGUCGCAAGACUCGAUGAACACUGAACAAACUAUCUUUUGCCAACCGCAAGGGAUCAUGUCGACGCAGGCUUCUGUGUAUGGCGACUGCUACAAUGCUUUAAUUCAACAAGCACAAGAUGAGAAAAGUGGGGGGCCGCGUAUUGCACAAAAGAGCGUCAAGAAACUCAACUCAAAGCGAAAACGCAAAGAUCUGCGGAUCUGCACGGGUAGUGUGUCAAUGGCGGAAAACAAUGGCAUGUUCUUGCCGGAUACACCUCGUCGCGUCUUGCACACGCAGCUAUUGUUACAACUAUUGAACACUGGGAGUGAGGAAUUCAGCGGCGCCAUCGUUGCCGUUUCAAGCACAACAAAUAAAAGUAAGAAACGUCACAUUCAGAGCAAACGAAACAGCGGAGCUGGACUCGGUCAGUUUGGAAACGAGCAGUCGCUCACCGAAAUGGAUGGCUCCUUUCGAGCAUUUGAGCAUCUGGACGUCGAUUUUAACGAGCAAGUGGCCGAGUUUUUCAACAUGUCGACACCUCGAGGGCUACAGCCUCCCCAUAGCUUGCGUCGCUCUCCACGCUUCAUGUCACCAGUAGGUUUCAUGAAGGCGGACGGCACGAAGUUCUCGUUUGAUGAUCUUGAUUUUCCCGCAGAGUUGGAGUCGAGCAUGCUUGAAUUUGAAAUUUCCAGUGAAAACGGCGGAAUUUUACGCCGUUCGCCUCGACUGCGUGCGGACGUGUGCGUGGCAUUUCCCCAUGCGAGUGCGUCGACUUUUGGCAUCGGUCGACAACCUUCGCCACACAAGCGGUUAGCACCACCAACGGUUGAUGUAGCGCUACAGCAGGAAGCUUUUGACUUUGACUAUCCCGUUGCGUCUGCACUGAAGAGCCCACAGCUCCGGCAAUAUUUCGACAGAUCACCCAAGAAUUUCGUUGCAUCCGUCUAG